AUACAAGAUCAAUGAUUUUUUAUCCCUUUUGAUUCCCUCUUCGGUUUUCCCCCUUUAUCCUGAGCCUGUGCACGUCUCAUAAAAAUCGUCGAUGGUGUUGCGAAACAGGUUUCUCCCAUUCGGUGAAACCUGGAAUUUCCGUUCAGUUUCAUGUUUCUUUAAGAGGUGCGCAUAAAAGACAGGGCGCAAUCGAAAUUCAGGACUGCGUGUGCACAGUUCACAAUUAUAAGUUCUAAAUUGUAAGAUGAUUGAAGUACACUGUUUUAUUAAUACAAGUGUCUUGUUUUUAUCACUUAUUCUUGUGACGGCUUACGUGGCAGACCGAGAGAUCUGCGACGAGACAAAAUGUCCUGGUCCCUUAAGAUAUUACAAGGACCUCGGUUGUGCUCCUAUUUAUAAAAAUCCUGACGAUUGCUGCGCGACAGCAUACAAUUGCAGUUUCUUAAACAAUUUAUCGAAAGAUAAAUGCUAUCUGAAUGGCAAUGAGUAUAGCUUAGGAGAAAAGCUGAGAAAAGAGGACGCAAAUCGUUGCGAUCUGGCUUGUACGUGCGAGUCACAUCAGAAUCAAACUGCCAAUUUCUGGUGCGUGUAUCUCCAUUGCGCAUUUUUUGAGCGGAAUCAUUGCUUCUAUAGGCAUAAUCACGAAAAGUGCUGUCCUGAGCUGAUUUGUCGUGAGUAAACUAAAUUUGAUAAAUUAAAAAUCUAUUAGGCAUAGUUCGUUGAUUAAAAACUCAUCGUGAAAGAAUGUGAUUCUU